AUUUUCAACACGUUCUUCGGUGGUCGUUAUGUCGUACUUCUCAUGGGUAUGUUCUCCAUCUAUACUGGUUUCCUUUACAAUGAUAUUUACUCGAAGUCAAUCAAUAUUUUUGGAUCGUCGUGGAAAAACCCAUAUCCGCGGUCUUUACUGGAACACAUGGAUGAACAAGGCUACAACAACACUCAAACAUUGGAUCUCACCUGGCCACCGGAAUACUCACAUAACAGCUCCUUAGUUGAUAUCUUCUUCGUAUUUCUUCCACAAUGCUUCUUCCUGGGAUGUAUUUUUGUGUAUUUGUGCGUUAUGGUAGUGCUUAAAUGGAUAUACUUCUAUGUGAACCCCACCUUCAUAUUCGGCCAACUAUACCCAGGUUCAAAUUGUGCCCCAUCGCUACUUAUUGGUCUCAUCAACAUGUUUAUGCUCAAACCUAGAGAUCCAGGAUUCGUUGAACAUGUGAAUUACAAAAAUGCUACAGCAUCAGUGAUAAUCAAUGGUAAAAAUUACACUUAUGAUGUGUAUGAUCAGUGCUACUUGCAGCAAUGGUAUCCUAAUCAGGCGCUUAUCGAGGAGAUUCUUCUCCUACUAGCCGUUGUUUCCAUCCCAAUCAUGUUGCUGGUGAAACCAUUCUACAUUCGAUGGCGCCAUAAUCGUGGUCUUCCCUUGCCGGGAGGGCACCACGAUGCUGGUGGUGAAGAGGAGGUAACUAGCAGUUCUCAUUUUAACCAUGGUUAA